GCGAAAGAGAAAAAAAGAAUAAAACUUUUCGCGCCGUCGUACCGUGCGGGGUACGCGCGUAUAUAUUACCGCGGCCUAUUUACUGCUAUUUACUUGGGUCGCGACGGGUCGCGAUGGCAUACGCCCAUUCCGCGCUUAUGCAAUCGUAAACAUUGCAUAUUCCGCGACGCGUGUACGGGCAUCGCAUUCUUCUCUAUUAGCUACGCUCUCGCGGCGUACCGCCCCCGCGUCUCUCGGACGCUGUCGUCAAGGGGGUUAUCGGAGCGAGUGCAUUUGACACUCGAUCGCGGCUGACAGCCAGACAGCUGCAGACAGCUGCGCGAUCGGUCCUCGAUCGCCCACAUCGACGAAUCGUCCUCUCGUCCCUCAUCUUUCGCGCGCGGAAAGCAAUUCGGAGCGUGGGCGCUCGUCAGUGCAGGAAGAAUAAUAAGUCAUUCAAUGGUUAACCAAAUACCUGUGCCGCAGGCCAAGUAUGAAUUGCUAACCAACAUACGACAACCGCGCUGGAGAACGCAGGUAGUCUGUCUCACCUUGUCAUUCUUGAUCGUCGGGGUGCUGUUUAUUACGCGCGCUUGGUUCGGCAUACUUCUGCUGAAGGCACCUAGGGCCGAUAGGUUCGUCGAAGAGCAUAUUGACGAUGCCAAGAUUGCUGCGUGGUUACGUCGGGCUCGGAUGUACGCCGAGUCGACGAAGGAGAAUCAGAAUGCGGACAGGAACACUAGUGUCGCCACAUCGGAGCAAUCCCACCACCAUGGUACAACCGGUCAGGUCCUCGUAUGCUACUAUACAAUAUCGGGGGACCUGAACACGUCGUGGGAGCUCAGUCCGUCGCACAUUGACCCUCAUCUUUGUACGCAUAUUAUCGUGGGUUUUGCGAGCGUGGUGAACAACACGCUUGACAUAGGUGACAAUGCGCGAGUAUACGAGCAGGUAGUUGCUUUAAAGAAUCUUGAACCCAACUUGAAGGUCAUGAUCAGCGCCGGCGGAAACAAUGAGCUCCAUGAUGGUUUCUCCGAGAUGGUGAAGAAUCACGCAAAUAGAAAAAAAUUUAUUCAAUCAGUAUUAAAUGUUAUCAAAACCUUCCGUUUGGACGGCUUUGACGUUGACUGGGAGUUUCCAGCCUGGUUGGGAGCGGACGUUCGCGAAAAGAUACACUUUGUGCAGUUACUAGAAGAAUUGCGAAAGGAAUUUGAUCGUAGUGGACAAAAAUUGAUUUUAACAGUAGCAGUUGCAGCACCGCAAGCCAUUGUGGAUCAGAGUUAUAGUAUUCCUGAAAUGGCAGAACACAUUGACUUCAUAAACCUUAUGUCGUACGAUUAUCAUUUCUACGUUUGGUAUUUCCCAGUGACAGAUUUGAAUGCCCCGCUUUUCCCUCGUUGUACUGAAACAGGCUAUUUGUCCACGUUAAAUGUGAAUUUCUCUGCUCAAUAUUGGAUAGCGAAGGGAAUGCCACGGGAAAAGGUUGUCGUCGGCAUACCGACUUACGGUCACACUUACAAAUUAGACAAUCCAUUGAAUCAUAAUUUACAAGCGCCAACCAGCGGAUUCGGACAGCUUGGCGUAAAAGGUUUUGUGUCUUAUCCUACGGUUUGUCAAUUUCUUCAAUCUGGAGCUGAGAGCGUCUUCAAUAAGGAAAGCCGUGUACCAUAUGCAUUUAAAGGCAGAGAAUGGAUAUCUUACGAUAAUGAGGAAAGUGUCUAUUACAAGAGUACAUGGAUUCGUACCAAUGGUUUCAAAGGAGCUAUGAUUCUAUCUUUAAAUGUUGAUGAUUGGAACGGCAAUUGCUAUGGUACAAAUGAAACGUUCCCUUUGACACGUACCAUCUCGAAAGUAUUAUUUAAGGAGUCGGACAAGUAAUAAGAACGUUAAUAGGAAUUAAACUCUAAUAAAUACGCGCAGUCAAUGAAUCUAUCUAUUCCGAAAGCUUAUAGCAUCUUACAUUGAAAUGAUCCAUUCCGUCGCAUUCCUACUUAAUAAUUUGUUAUUUAUAUUCUACCUCAGUUGCCCAAAGGUUCUUUGUACAAAUAAGUUGCUGAAAUAUUUAAAGCACAAAGUAUUAUACGCUAAAAUAGGGCGUAGCACUUGUACCUGGUUAAGUCGAAUCAAAACUAUUUAUACGCGAAAAUAUUUAUGCGCUCGUUGAAUUUUAUAUUAGGUACAUGUAUAUAUGUUAUUUCCUACAUGGCUACUAUUUUCUUAUGCUUUACAAGCAAAUAGUAUCUGAAAUAAUUCUAAAGUAUUCUGUAUUAAUAACUUCGAAGGAAGAUACUGUAAUUGAUGAUAAAAAAUUAUAAUUGAUUUUAAAAUGAUGCUAUUAUUUAGAAUUGAAAGCAGUCUUUUAUCUGUUUUAGAGCAAAAAUUUUCGAAUUUGCGAAUGGUCAGUUUUAUUUUUCAAGUACUGCAUAUAAAUAAGAUAAUUAUUAUAUAAGUUUUCAAGACAUGUUAACUGAUUAUACCAAUGUCAAAAUAUGAAAUAUAUGAAACUGUUUUGCCCGAAAUUUA